AUGGUUUUUGGCAAGUUCUUUGGUCUACAGGGACAGCAGUAUUCCUAUCGUGGUUUCUACACUUUACUCUGUGCCUCUUACAUUGUUUACCCCGAGUUCCCAGCAAAGGGUAGGAGUAAGAAGACCGAAUGGCUGUGGCUCGUCGGUAUCGUUGUGGUCAACUUUAUUCUGGCUCUGCUACUUAUUGGCCUUUUCGUCAUCUUUGGCGCUUUCACAUUUGGUGACUAUUAUGGUUGGAUAUAUUUCGCUUGUAUGCCAGCCUUAUAUCUGUGCUUUCUGGUAAGCGUCUUUUUCCUCCGACGGUCCAUCUGCUACGACUGGGCUUUCGGUUUCUUGAUAUAUACUGCUGCUUUUCAAGCAUGGUUCCUCAUCCAGAUUCCUACAAUGUUCAACUACGUUUACCAGUACUUGACUUGGUUGGUUGGUAUAGGAGCGUCGCUGCCACUUAUGGCUGCCGUAUGGCAUAGUUUCUGCGGAUAUUGGUCGACUAAAACGCUGAUCAAGAAAUGGUGGUUUUGGCUUGCCGAGGUCUUCACUCUGGCGUUUGGAAUUUUCAUCACCUACUGUGUAGCGGGCACAUGUAUUGCGCCGUAUAACCCUAUGGAGAACGGUUGGUGGAUCCAGAUGGAGCAGUCUAUAUUUUGGUCCUCGAGAUUGUUCCGUAGCUUCACUUCGAGUGCUCAGUUCUGUCCUCCCGAUCAGCUUGAGCCCUGCCAUGUGUUCCUCACGCCAGCUCAGAAUUUGACUGACAGCAUGUUUGUCAAUGUGCACAUGGGUUCUAAUACUCGGUCCGUUAAAGUUCAUUACAAUAUGAAAGGUGGUCCUCAGAUUGGUGUUAUCGACGCUGAUGAAUUUGAGGUUCCUAUGUUGGAUUUCAGAGAUCAGCGAAAUGUUUAUGCGGCGUUCCUACCAAAUUUGACUCCAGGAGGUGUGGUUGAAUUCACACUCGAGUCGGACAGGAAACACUUUGAUGAGGUUUAUCGCUUCCGGACGGCAAACUUGACCGGCACUGUGCAUUUCACUGAUGGUGGUGAUGCUGGUACUUCGACCUAUGUGCAGGAGGUCAAUUCUCAUGUAGGAGAGUAUGAUCCUCUCUUCGCUGUGGACGCCGGUGAUGUUGCUUAUGAUAACGGUCUGUUUACUUGUGCCUGUGUUUGGGAUAGUUUCCUUACUAAUUACGAGACGAUCAAGACCAGUGAUGGUUAUAUGGUGCCGCUGAUUGUUACGACUGGCAAUCACGAUGUUGGGGCGAAUCACCACAACAAGGGAGCUAUUGCGGGCUUUAUGGACCCGAAGCAGUGCAAUGAUCACUCGCUAUAUAAUGCCCGGCCUCCGAUCUUCGCAUACUUCCCAUUCGAGGCUGUGAAUGGUCAUGCGAAACCUGUGUGUGAGCGAAACCCAAAUCAUGUUCACUAUGCUGGAAAGGCCUUGACGUAUUGGGCACUCGACUCACUGUAUGGAACUGAUGAUCCAAUGGUCGCUGCCAAUUUCGUCAGCGAGAGAAUGGGAAACUACACUGACGUUGUUAAUCAUGUUGCUGGUUAUCAUGUUCCUAUGUAUCCCAAUGAUGGAGGCACCGUUGAUACACCUUUGACUCAACCUAUGAGGGACUAUUGGCCUCAGAUGAUAUUCGACAAGUACCACUUCAAGGUCUGCUUCGGUCAUCAUGCGCAUGUCCUAAAACGAACAAUGCCGAUGACUAAUAACUCGGUCGCCGAGGGCGGUGUUCUCUACGUUGGUGACGGAAAGUGGGGCACCACUGGUGCAUUAUUACCAACGAUGGAUGGUCUGGUGUUUGGUCCGCCGUUUGUCACUUCCGGUAUCGACUACCAUGUAUGGCAUGGCACUGCUGAGGAUGAUGGUCAUUUGAAAGUUAUUGCGGUGGAUCGGUUUGGCAAAGUUGUUGAUUCGACCGACAACUAUGAGACUGGCCAGUGGCCGAUGUAGUUUUCUAUUUGUCCCAAUACGGUUCAUAAAAGCUCCGUAAGGUGGUCUACAUAAUUAUGCAUAUGCUAAGUCUAUGCUACAUACAGUUGCUCUUGCAACUUGGGCGGGUUGCGUUUCGCCUUGAACCCGUCUACUGCACCUCUACGGAAGCUCUGUUUACUAUCGCUUGAAUUCUUGACUUCUCGGUUUUCGUCACCGUUCGUGUUGACCCGUAGAAAUUCGGUUGUUAUAUUAUUUUACCCAUAGUUCCUAAUGUAUUCCUCAUAAAUGUAUG